GAGCUGCAUAUCGUUUGCGCAUCCACCUCUCUCCUCCAAGAAACGCCCAAACUCUCAAAAUCAGUCGUCAGUCACAAGUCUGCUGCUACUGGUGGACGGCUGUGGUGGGCACUCCUACUGUAUUUUGGAACUCAAAAGCUUGAACGCGCAUAUUCCAACUGCACAGUGCUUUGUCAAGGUGCCCUGAAAGCAGAGGGUACGCACUUACCGAUCUACAGUUUCCGCGGGACAGCGCUGAGAUUCACCAUUCCCACAGAGGUCCACGAGAUGUCACAACCUACUUCAUUACAUUAGUAGCAGAUUACCUACACCUGGCUUCUUGGCGCCGAUAUUUGUGUACACGUGUGUUCCGUGUGGAACCAGCAGGAUGACUGUUUAGAAUAGUUUAAUAGCAUAUAGAAACACAGAACAUUUUCUCGACGAGUCGGUCCGGGACAUCUCUUGCGGCAGUGCGUGUAGGUGCUUGAGACCGAGAAGCACCUGCUCUAGCCCGCAGAUUAUGUGGGGUCGCUUUCUGACCUCUACUGCAUCUUGUUGGUUCUUCUUGUGCAUUUCGCCACUGAGAGGAUAGCCGUGUCCCGUUGAGGAUGCCUAACAGGGUGUCCGGAUAUUUGGCGGGCCGAGACUGUUUCAGCGGAGAGAGAAGUGGCAUUAAAAGCAUAGUAAUUGAGUUAUCCAGAAAUACUCCUCAGUUUCAUCAGCUGUCCGGGUGACUGGUCUCAGAUGAUCCCGCAGGUGAAGAAGCCGGAUAUGGAAGUCGUAGGCUGGCGUGGUUCCACGUGGUCUGCGGUUGUGAGGCCGGUUAGACGUACUGCCUAAAACGACAUUGGAGGUGGCUUAUGGCUGAAGACGCAGUCCUGAAGAUUGAUGGAGGGCCAUGCUAUUCAAACAGCAGGCGUUGCUGAGACAGAAGCUCUUUGUGCUGGGCAGCCUUGCUAUCGGGAGUCUCCUCUAUCUAGUGGCCAGGGUUGGGAGCUUGGAUAGGCUGCAGCCUAUUUGCCCCAUAGAGAGCAGACUGGGCCCUCCUCACCUGCCGGAGCAGAUCCCUCUCCGGACCCUGCAGUAUAAGCGUGGUCUGCUCCACGAGCUCCGCAAGGGCAAUGCCACCAAAGAGCAGAUCCGCCUGCACAACCUGGUGCAGCAGCUGCCCCGGGCCAUCAUUAUCGGGGUGCGCAAGGGGGGCACGCGCGCCCUGCUGGAGAUGCUCAACCUGCACCCGGCGGUGGUCAAGGCCUCGCAGGAGAUCCACUUCUUUGACAACGACCAGAACUACGCCCGGGGCAUCGACUGGUACCGGGAGAAGAUGCCCUUCUCCUUCCCCCAUCAGAUCACCAUUGAGAAGAGCCCCGCCUACUUCAUCACAGAGGAGGUCCCGGAACGCAUCUUCAAGAUGAACUCCUCCAUCAAGCUGCUGAUCAUCGUGCGCGAGCCCACCACCAGAGCUGUGUCUGACUACACACAGGUGCUGGAGGGCAAGGAGCGCAAGAACAAGACCUACCACAAGUUUGAGAAGCUGGCCAUCGACGGCAACACGUGUGAGGUGAACACAAAGUAUAAGGCUGUACGGACCAGCAUUUACACCAAGCACUUGGAGCGCUGGCUGAAGUACUUCCCUGUGGAACAAUUCCACAUUGUGGACGGGGACCGUCUGAUCACGGACCCGUUGCCGGAGCUGCAGCUCGUCGAGCGCUUCCUCAACCUCCCGUCCAGGAUCAGCCACUAUAAUCUGUACUUCAAUGCCACCAGGGGAUUCUACUGCCUGCGAUUUAACAUUGUCUUCAACAAGUGCCUGGCAGGCAGCAAGGGGCGCAUCCACCCUGAGGUGGACCCUUCGGUCGUGGCCAAACUGAGGAAGUUCUUCCACCCCUUCAAUCAGAAGUUUUAUCAGAUCACUGGCAGGACAUUCAACUGGCCCUGAGAAACGAAGGGAAGGUCUAUAUAAAUGUGUUAACUAAAGUUGUUCUGUUGACAUUUUCAAGAUGUCAACCUCAAAAAUAUUAAAGGAUAUUAAAAAGCACUUUGAUUGAAUUUAACACCUAUGAGAAUGACAAUGUGACCAAAUAUGUAACGGAAUCAAUGUAUGUUUGUUUGUAAAUAUGUAAGGGGGUGGAGGAAAAAUGGUUUGUGAGUUACAAAACAAUUCAGUUUAAUGCGCCUGAUCUUCAUGUGUAAUAGUUCACCUGUUUGACACUUUUCCCCAUUUAUAAACUCAUAAUUUUGCCAUCUUUCACAGGUUGACAUUUAUUGGGUUGAGUCUUGUCCUUGAGGCAGAACUGAACGAUUUCCGCUAUAUGGGCCAGUUGCAAAGUCGAAAUUCGCUAUAUUGUAAAAAAAUAUUUAUUUAAGAUUAGGGUUGGCAGUAUGGUUAGGGUUAAGGUUAGGUUUAAAAUCUGAUUGUAUGGCUUUGUGGCUGUGCCAGCUAGUGACCACACUGCAGAGCUGCCUCCAGAACAAGUUUCAUGACAAAAAAAACACUAACCUGCUCAUCUCUCAGCCAAUACUGAAUGAAGGGUGUACUCUCAAAUGUGAGAUAGACAUUAGAUUAUUUUAAGAACGAUGUGGCUUUUAAAAGAAGACUUGUCAGUCGACACACACAUUUUACCGAUUUGAAAGCGUUGAUAAACCUAUACGUGUGACAAUGUUUCAUAUUAAAACAACCUUGACGAAGACGUAAGCCCACAUGUUCUUACAGUUUUGAAUGUGAUAGUCAUGCAUUUAUUUCCCUCUCAUUUAGAUGUUGUUUUAUAUGUGCAAUGGACUUUUUUUUUAAAUGUAUUCCAGUAUCAUUCUUAAAACAUUAUUCCAGUACCAUUCUUUAAACCUUUAUUUGUUUCUGUUGUUUAUUCAUGUUCUCCACUACCAUGAAGCGCUUGUAUCUGUAAUAUAACUCCGAAAUCUAGGAGAUUCCCAAGAGGGAAUAGGAGCAUAGCAUUUCGCACCAAAUUCUGACUCAGAUAAAAAUGUGGUCUUGUAUGUCAAGCAUUUAAAUGUUGCGUAAGGGAUUUGAGUGGCAACUUUGUCCCCGUCCCCCUCCCCAGUAUUGAAAUUGUUUGUCAUUGCCCUUGGCCAAAAGCCAUUGUAAAAAGUUAUUUGUUAGUUACUGUCAAACCAUCUAAUGCUUAUUCUACUACAAUUACCAGAUUUGUUUUAUGUGCAAAUAGCCACGCUGUAUCAUAAGUGUAUUGUUCUGUAACAAAAAAAAAGGAUUUCAUUAAAAUAACAUUUAAACAUGUCAA